AUGAGUAUCCUAGCCAAAACUCUCCGCGGGAUCCGCCCCUACAAAGCCAGACUUGCUGCUAUUGCACCUGCAUCAACUCCCGUGACCUUGCAGCCAUGGCACAUGCGUACCGCCGCUACAAAGCCCGCAUAUGAAGGCCACAUUCCGCUCAAUUGGUUCGAAACUGGUUUCCUGAUGGUCGGCUCGGCUUUCAUGGCACUUGCGAAUCCUCGAAGAGGAGAUAUGGUUGCUGCUCUCGGAGAUGUCACGUCAGGACCGGUACUACCCCGUCUACGAGAUACCAUGCUCAAUGACGCGGAGGGACGCAGAAUCCUGAAGGAACGACCACGAGUGAACUCACACACUGUAGACAUGAACAAAUUGUCUCUGCUCCCCGAUGGCACCUUUGGCCGCGCAUACAUAACGUGGCUUGAUCGUUGCGGUGUCACACCGGAUACCCGCGAACCCGUACACUACGUGGACGACCCGGAGCUUGCCUACGUGCUGCAGCGUUACCGGGAAUGCCACGAUUUCUACCACUGUAUCUGCAAUCUCCCAGUCAACAUCGAGUCUGAGCUUGCGGUGAAAUUCUUCGAAUUUGCCAACUUGGGACUACCUAUGACAGGCCUUGCCGCGGCCUUUGGGCAUCUGCGGUUGUCGUCCGCCAAGCGCGCGAAGCUUUUUAGGGAGUUUGUUCCCUGGGCAGUCAAGUGUGGAAGCAGUGCGAAAAGCUUGAUCUCGGUCUAUUGGGAAGAGCGGUGGGAGCAGAACGUAGAAGAUAUGAAGAAGGAGCUUGGUAUCUGGGACCCUCCUGAGGCAAGAUGGAGCAAGCCUCUCAGUGAAGCGAAGGCAGCUGCAGCCAAGCGACGUGAGGAAGCUGAAAGUAAAAUGGGCAACCAUGUGUAA